AUGCCUCACAUCUCUCCCCUAAACCCAGCAGUCGCGAGAGCCCUCUGCAUCUUUGGGACCCUCCUGUGCACGCUCAUAAUCGCCAGACAAGUCCGUAACUCACCCUUGCUACAUGACUUGAAAAGUUCGUUCCUGGCGGACAGUCUCCGACAGAGAUUAGAGGUUGCGGAGCAAAUAUGGGAAGACAGCGUGACGAAAAGACAUGAGAUGUACAACGCUUUUGUGGAUCCUUUCAAGCCGAUGUUUCCGCUAGUAUUCACCGACAACCCCUUCACAGUCUGGGACUAUUUCCCGCCCACCUUUAGCUGUCCGCAUGAAAUGCGGCGUGUGGGUCGAUUGGGCGAUGGUGGAAAGUGGAUGUGCGGCCUCUCACGUUAUGAGCCUCCAGCUCUUYAAAAGCCCUGCGUCAUCUACUCCUUUGGCGUGCACGAUGAGACUAGUUUCGAGGAAGAGAUGCUGGAGAGAACAAAGUGCGAGCUUUAUGGAGUGGAUUACUCAGUAUCGAAUUUCUCGGCAAAACUCUUGAGUAUGGAGGCGGAGCAGCUGAGCAGGGCACAUUUUCUGCAGGCGGGUGUUGCGGGAGAGUCGGAAGGGACAAGGAAGCCGCCAUUUUAUACCAUCAAAGACAUCAUGGACAUGAAUGGACAUGAGUACAUUGACAUCCUCAAAAUGGACAUUGAACAGUAUGAAUUCACUGCCAUGGAUAAACUCAUGCAAGACUUCGCGGGUCAGCCCCUACCAAUCGGGCAAUUCUUGGUUGAGAUUCAUCUUAUGGGCUUGGCGGAUCAACUGCAUCGACCUGACUUUCCGGAGUUCUUGCAGUGGUGGGAACGACUGGAGGCGUGUGGUUUGAGACCUGUUUGGACGGAGUUGAACUUGUUGACUGUGACUUUGCAUGCAGAGGACAGUUUGCCUAGGUGUGCUGAGUAUUCGUUCAUCAAUGUCCUUCAUCCGAGGAAUGUUUUGCUGCAGGACUAG